AUGGCACCUCGAGGGCUCUCCGCUGAAGAGAAACGCGUCAAGCUCCUCGAAAUAUUCCAUGAGACGAAAGACUUUUUCCAGCUCAAAGAGCUCGAGAAGCUGGGCCCGAAGAUGAAGGGCAUUGUGUCACAAUCUGUCAAGGAAGUGUUGCAGGGCCUCGUCGACGAUGGACUCGUACAAGCGGACAAGAUUGGCUCAUCCAACUUCUUCUGGAGCUUUCCCUCCCAGAGAGGUGCGAUGAUGCAAACCCGCUUGGCUGCUGUGAGAGAGACACAAGCCGCACACAGAACGCAGCUCGCCGAGCUCCGCGCUGCGAUCGACGCUGAGAAGGCUGCACGACCGGAGAGUGAGGAACGCGUGGCCUCGCUUGCGCGUCUUGCUGCGGCGAAGAAGGAGCUGAGUGAGCUCGAGGGCGAGCUGGCAAAGUACGGUGCAUGCGAUCCGGUGAAGGUGGAGGAGAAGAAACGCGCCGUUAUGCUCGCGAAGGAAGCGGCAGUGCGCUGGACUGACAACUACGUGCUGCUUUUGUCUCACUUUACGCGGCAGAGCAUCGUGGAUCCUGCGGAAAUCAAGAAAUACCUGGGCGUAGACGAUGAGUAUGAAGACAUAUGCUGA